AUGGCGUCUUUUGAGGAAGAAACCAUUGCACAGUUUCAAAAACUUCGAGAAACUUUAGAGAAGAAGGCUAAUUUGGAAGGACAAAUUGAAAUGAUGUACGCAAAUGAGAAAAAGCAACAAAAUAGAAGUAACGUAGAAGAAUUUACUCCAUUUGAAUUAAAUAUUACCAAAAGCAAUACACCAUUCAAUAUAAGAAAUAGACAAAAUACCAAAUCCAGUAAAUCGCGCUCAAAUUCUAAUAUAAGUUUUUCAAAAUCAAUAAGAACUCCAUCUAUUAAAACAACAACAAAUGCAACACAUUUAUCUCAAAGCCCAUACUUAAGACCAAGAAAUAUUUCGAAAACACCUCAACCAAAAUCAAAAUCUAAAAUUUCACGCUCAAAUGUUACACAAAAACGAAAAACACCAAAGAAAACAUAUAAAGAAGCAAGAAAUAAGAACGCUACAUCAAAUGAUCUCAAUAAUACUGAGACAUUCCUUAGAUCUCCAACUCCUUUACAAGAGAGGCCUAAUCUCUAUGAUCAAACACUAUAUUUUUCUUCUUCUGGAGAUACUGACAGUCUUAUUAAUAUGAAUUUCCCAAAAAUUGAACAUCAUUACAAUUCUCCAAAAAUUUACACUCCUGCAAAGACUCUUCCAAUUAUAUCAACAAGUGCUAUGACACAAACUCCUCUACGCUCUAGUCUCAGACCAUCACUGAGAAAAUCUAGUAGUUUUGACAAAUUUAAUGAAAAUCCUACAACAGUUACAUCUCCUCCAUUACAUAUUAGUUUUGAUGAUGAUCCUCAAGAUUCUCAUAAAUAUUUCCCAAGAAAAUCCUCAAUUUCUGCAUCUUCAACAGAUAGCUUGAAUUCAUCCAAAGAAAAACUCAAAAUUAAUCAUCAAAACAGUAUCAAUGAUGAUUCAUCAUCUGAAGAAGAAAUAGAAGAUGCAUACAAUUCCUUAAUGAAACUUAAUCCUUUAUCCAAAAAUCUCGGAUCAUUUAAUGGAACAAAUGAAAAUCCAUAUCCUGUCAGUGAUAGUGAUUCUCCAUCUAUUGAAGACAUUUCAGAUUAUCUUAAUAAAUCACAAGGAUCAAGAUCUUCCAAGAAAUCAAACAAAUCACAAUCAUCGCCAAAAUCUAAUUCAUCAAAAUCAUCUGGAAAAUCAAGAGGUUCUGUUUUAUCAUCCCCACAUUCAUCUAAAUCAGGAAAGAAAUCACCAAAGAAAUCAUCAAGUGCUGGAUCCUCAAAAUCCAAUAAAAGUACUCCCAAAAGAUCGAAAUCAUCUCUUUCUUCUCCAAAAAGUUCUAAAUCAUCAAAGUCUUCUCUUGGUUCUCCAAAGAGAUCCCGAUCUUCAUCGUCAGCAUCAUCUCAUGGAUCAAAGAAGUUACAGAAUUCAUAUACUUCUCCUUAUGCUUCUUCUCGUUCUUCAGCUGCAAAUUCUCCUUUAUCAUCACCAAGGAAAUUAUCUGCUGCAUCAUCUCAUUCAUCUCUUGGUUAUUCUCCAUAUUCAUCAUCAAAGAGAUUGUCAUCAGCUUAUUCUCAAUCUUCUCCUUAUUCAUCACCGUAUUUGCUGAGUAAAAUGAGAUCUUCUUCUCAUUCUUCAGCACCUCCUUCUCCACAUGGAUCCAGACGUUCUUCUUCUGGUUCUGCAACUCCAUUUACAUCAUCCAAGAAAUUGUCAUCAAGUCCAUAUUCAUCAGCAUUGUCAUCAGCGAGAAGUCUUGGACUUUUACCUCAUUCAUCGAGUAGAUCUUCUGUUGCUUCACCAUAUGAUAAUCUUCAUGAUAAAGGAAGCUUCGGUUCUUUCAAGACUUUGUCAAAGAAUCGUCCUCUUUCUUCAUCAAUGAGUGAAGUGAGAGUUCCUUUCUCUCUUAUUUCAGAAGCAUUGAAGAAUAAUAAAGGCAAGAAAAUCAGAAGAGCCAAAUCUGUUGUUCUUGGAUCAGAUCACGGAAAGAAUUUCAAAAAGAGCAGAAGAGUUUCUUCAUUAUCUUCUCAAUCAAGUGAAAUUGUUGAAGCUGCUUCUUCCGUUUUGGAUAUUCUUGCUGAUGAUAACAGAAGUCAAAUUGAUGAUAUUGAUUUGAAUAACAUUAAUAAUGAAGUUAUUGAACUUUCUUUAUCAAAUGCUGUAGGAGAAAACUUACCAAUUACUGAAAUAGAGAAAGCAAUUGCUUCACAAUCAAUAUUUACAAUUGGAAAUGCAGAUGAAGAAGAUAAAGAUUUGUUAAAUAAUGGAAGCUUUUCUAGCCAAAACAAAUCAAAGUCUUCAGCAUCAAUAAAUAACAAGGAUCAAUCCAACCCAGAGAAUUCUCAGCAAAAAUCUGAAUUAAAUAACCAAAUUAAUGAAGAAGAAUCUAACACAGAAAUAGAAGGAAAUGAAAUAAACUCAGAAGCUAAUGAAGAAGAAGAAGAAGAUAAAUGUAAUAGUCAAUUAAAACAAGAAGAGGAGGAAGAAGCGAAUGAAAAUAUUGAUGAUAAAACUAAAGCAGACCAAAAUAAUGAUGAAGAGGAGAAGAAGCAUCAACAUCAAAAUUCUGAUGUACAUUCUAAAAGAUGUCAUCAUCAUAGUAAAAAUUGUGAAAAUAAAAAAGAUGAAAAUGAUGGAAAGAAACAUCAUCACCACAAUAAUAAUAACGACAAUAACAAGGAUGAUGAAAAAGGAAAUAAGAAACAUCGCCAUCAUAGCAAGAAAUAUAAAGAAAACAACGAUGACAAUGAUGGAAAGAAACACCAUCAUCAUCACGGCAAGAAAGAAAAUGAAAACGAUGAUAAACACAAUCAAAAGCAUAAAUCCCAUGGUAAUAAAGAAGACGAUAAGAAAGAUCAUCACAGAUCUCAUAAAGAUGAUGAUAAUAAGCAUAGACAUAAAUCACACGAAAACAAAGAUAAAUUGCCAAAUACUCAUCAUCACAUACAUGGAAAUGAUGAUGAUAAAAUGAGAAAUAAAUCUCAUGAUAAACAUCAUUCGCAUGAUAAGAGGAAAUACAAUGAUAUUGCAGUUGGUGAUUCUCAGCCUAUCAAUAGUAAUAGACCACGCAAUUCAUCAACUCCUUAUGAUCAAAGAAAGAACAAAGAUAAGUAUGAUGAUCCAAAUUAUAAAGAUUAUCGAAAAUAUGAUCCAUAUUAUCAAACCAAAGAUGAUGAUAAUUCUUCAUUGAAUUCUGAUAUUGAAGAACAAUACAAGAAUCAAGGACCUUACAAUAAUCCAGAUUAUCAUAAUCAAAAAACCAAAGAUCCAAGUUUCAAAGGAAGAAAUGAUAAUACAAGAAAUCAAAGCAGAAGGUCUCCAUUUGGAAAGGAUAAGAGAGAUUUAUAUGAAGAUUAUCAAAAUGAUCAACCAAAUUAUCCAAAUUACAAGAAUGAUAAUUAUUAUGAUCCUCAAAGCAAAAGACCAUAUAACGAAUCCAGAAGAUAUCCAAUUAAUACAAGAGAUAUGGAACCAUUUAACAGAAAUGCUUAUGAUGAAUAUCAGCAGAGAAAUCCAAGAACUAGAACUACAUAUGGCCAGGAUAAUGAUUUUGAUAAUACUGAAAAGAGACGUCCAAUUAAUGACUCUGAAAGAUAUCCAACUAACAGAAGAAAUACAAGAAAUGCUGUAGAUGAUUAUCAAGAUUUCAAUCCAAGAUUUAGAGCUCCAAAAGAUAGGAGAGAUGACUAUGAAAAUUAUCCAAGUAAAAGAGCUAAUGACAGAAAUCCAAAUUCCAAUCAUCAAAUUGGAAGAUAUGAUGAUCCAAGACAAGACAGAUCAAAUCACAAACCAAAUAAGAUUCUUCCACAAGUUUAUUACGAUGAUUCUUAUAAUGAAAAGGAUUAUGAUUUUCCAUCAAGUGAUAGAUCAGAUUUGAUAGAGAGAAGGAAUGAUGAUUAUCCGAAUAAUGUCAGAAUUAACAGUCCAGUUGGAAGACUUUCAAAUUUAAUUAGAGGUGACUCUGACAGCGAAAUUUACAAACCUCGCAGACAAAACAGGGCUUACAGAGAUCCAAAGACUGGAAGAAAUAUAUCUCCAAUUUCGAAGCGCUUGCAAGAUUCUCAACAAUCAUUUUCAGAUGAUGACAAAUAUGAUCCGAACUUCUUACCAAGAAUUCGCAAAUACAGUAAACCAGUUCAAUACAUCAAACCAAAAGAUAACAAGAAGAAAGAAAAGAAGAAGCAGGUCAAAAACCCAAUGAAAGAAAAUGAUGAAAAAGUUAUGACGAAGAGAGAACUAGCGCAUAACUUGAGAAUUUGUACCAAUCCAAUCAGAUCUAAGCUUCUCGAUAGAUUACUUACUGAAAAAAUCUUGGCUGAAAACGAUGUCUCCAUUGUUGAACCAAAGGAAAAUAAAGAAAUUUCAGAUUAUACAAGCUAUGAGUCAAAUUCAAACAAAAAGCAAAGUCAAAGUAUUGAAUAUGAUGAUUAUUACGAUUCUUCAUAUGAUUACAAAUAUGAAACAUCAGCCCGAAACGAGACAACUGAAGAUCAAAGUUAUUAUAACACAGAAUCAAACGAACCAAAUGAAACAAAUCUUACAAAAGAGAAGAAAGAUUCUACUAAUGAUCCAGCAAAAUCAGAUAAACAAGGAAUCUCUCCAAAGAAAGAAAUGUUCAACGAAAGGAAUUCUAACUUAUCAGAUUCAGCAAAUAAUGACCAAACACAGGAAACUAACAAAUUUGGUCAAAAGAACUCCAUUCCUUCACAGAAAAAAGCAGAAAAUAACAAACCAAAUUCAACAAAAGAUAUCCAAGCAAAUGCUAAUCAGGAUAAAUAUGAAAAGAAACCAAAUAUUUCUGAUGCUGAUAAGAAGGAAAAUCCCAAUCAAAAUGAAAAGAAACCACUACCAACAAAGGAAAUCAAGGAAUUAGAAAAUAAAAAGCCAAAUGAAAAGAUUUCUGCACCAAAUCAAUCUAAUGUAUUGAAUUCUAAUUACAAACCAUCUGAUCAACCAAAGAAUGGGUCAAACACAAAACAUGAAAUAAAUGAUUCCAGAAAACCAACUUCUCAACCUCCUGAAUCAAGAAAUGAUGCUACAACAAAUACAAAUCAAGUGCAAAGUCAAAAUGAACCUAAUAAAAAUAGUGAUCAAAAGAAUUCUAAUGGAAAAACUCAAAAGCAAUCUGAUUUAUCAAAGAAUUCAAAUCCAAAAUCAAAUCAAUCUAAUGGUAGUAAACUUGAUUUAAUGAAGCAAGUCCAAUCAAAAGGAAAUAAUGAAGGAAAUAAUAAUAUCAAAGAUAAUAAAAAUAAAGAUAAUCGGUUGAACCAGCAACAAACCGAAUUAUCUAAUGAAAAUAGCAAUCCAACAAAUACACCUGACGUGAAGAAUGAUAAUGGAAUUUCAAAUCGGAAGAAUAGUGAUAAAAAUGAUUUAGACAAUAAGAGAGAUAUUCAAGAUAAACCACAAAAGCAGCAGAAUUCAAAUUCAUCCAAGAAUUCUCUUGAACAAAACAUAGAUAAUGAUGAAGAAAGAAAUCAGAUGAAUGAGAAUGGAGCUGAUAAACAUAAAAAUAUCAAACAGUCAGGAUCAACAAAGAAAGAUUUACCAACAAAAAGUGCACCAAAUACACUCAAAUCAAUAUCAAGAAAUCCAAAUAAGGCCAACAAAUCAUCCAAGAUUGACGAGCCAAGAAUGAUUCUUUCAUCUGAAAAUGGAAUGGAAAAUUCAGAUCUUCAAGAUUUGGAUAACAAACAGUCUGAAAAACAGAGCAAUGCUUCUAAUACGAACGAAAAAGUAAAGAACGAUAAAUCAAAUCCAAAGCAACAAGCAGAAUUACCAUCAAAUAUUAGUUCAAAUCAAACAGAAUCAGCGAAUACAGAUACUUCUAAGAAAUCAAUCAACGAUGAACCUAAAUACUCAGGAUAUUAUUCUGAUUAUUACACUCAAUCUCAAAAUGAUUUAUCAUAUGACGAAAAAUCAUAUUAUUCGUCAAAUCAAAAGAAAAACCAAAGCAAAGAUCGACAUCAUAAUGAUACAUAUGAUAGUGUCAGUUAUUAUGAUGAUUCUCAGUCGAAUGAUCCAUACCAAUCUACAAAUAAGUCUAAAUCAAAUUCCAAUAAAGAAAAAGAAGAUACAUCAACGUUUCUUCACAAUUUUGAGGAUCGCUUGAUGAAAGAGAUCCAUGGAGGAAAAUACAAUCUUCCAUAUCAAGCAAUGAUCAAUGAUAAAGCAACACAGACAGAGAAGAAAAACAAGAAGAAGGCUAAACAAAUUGAUCCUAAAUUUAAGUUAGAUUCAUACAAGCGACCUAUGAUUCUAAGUGAAGGACUUCUGAUGAAACGCCAAAUCAAUAUCAAAAUGACAGCUUCCCAAAUAUCAGAAGAACAGAAAGAUCGAUUUUGGAGAUCUCAAGUGAGCAAGAAAAAACAAAAUGAAUUCCCUCUUCAGAAAUAA